CUUACCAAAGAACCAAUCCACCAACUUUCUCACUCCUCUCUUUCUCUCUCUAAAAAAUGCUCCUCCUCCUCCUCUUCGCCACCUUGCACUAUGCUCCAUCUUUUAACGUGGCGUUGGGCGUAGCCGGAGAAAACCCGUUCACUCCGAAGGCCUAUCUGAUCCGUUACUGGAACAAACAAAUCUCCAACAACUUCCCCAAGCCGUCGUUCUUGUUUGACAAAGCUUCGCCGCUAACCGCCGCCCAAUCCGCCGCCUUUUACAAACUAGCCGCCACCGAUCGCAACUCCCUCUCCGCCAAUCUCUCCGAUUUCUGCAACAAAGCCAAUCUCCUCUGCUUCCCCGAUUUAUCUCCAAGCCUCGAAAAACACAACGACAACGUCAACUUCACCUCGUACCUCCUCGACGGCCAGAAUUUCACCAACUACGGCACCGGCAGGCUCGGCGGAGCUGACUCUUUCAAGAACUACUCCGACGGAGGCAACGUCGUCACCAACAACUUCCGCCGCUACAGCCGCAACUCCACCGCCCACACCGACAAGUUUGCCGCCUACGCCACCGACACAAACGUGCCGGACGAGAGCUUCAAAGGCUAUGGCACUACUGCCGCCGCCGGCGACGGCCAGUUCACUAGCUACAACGACGAAUCAAACGUCCCAAACCUCAACUUUGCCGCCUACUCAGACAACAGCAACGGUCGGAAACAAACAUUCGCUGAGUACGCCGGCAACGCAAACCACGGCGACCAGAAAUUCACCAGCUAUGGCAAAAACGGCAACGGCGCCGCCAAUGGCUUCACCAACUACGGCAAGGGUUCUAAUGUUAUGGCCUCGAGUUUCGAGAAUUACGGAGAAACGGCAAACGGGGGCCACCACACUUUCACCUCGUACGGUGACGAUACGAAUGUCCCCGAAAAUACUUUCAGGAAUUACGGACCAGAGGAAAACGGUGCGGUCGUGAGUUUCAAGAGUUACAGAAACGAUUCCAAUACCGGACAAGACAAUUUCCAAUCCUACGGCAAGAAAUCCAACGCCGCCGAGUUGGGUUUCGAGAAUUACGGCCAGUCCUUCAAUGACGGCAGCUCGAAAUUUACCGGUUACGGCGAACAUGCAAUGGGCCAAGCCGUUGACUUUAAGGUUUAUGGUCAAGGCACCACUUUCAAACAAUACGCCAAAAAAGGCGUCACGUUUGCCAGCUACACCAACGAGAGCUCCCCCGCCGUAGUGGCUUCAUUGGCAGCCAGGGGCAAAAAAGUAAAUAAAUGGGUGGUGGAGCCGGGGAAGUUCUUUAGGGAGUCAAUGUUGAAGAGUGGUAUUGUCAUGCCUAUGCCAGACAUUCGCGACAAAUUGCCCAAAAGGUCGUUUCUACCCCGGGCAAUUAUUUCCAAAUUACCCUUUUCGACCUCCAAAAUCCGUGAAAUGGAAAAGAUUUUCCAUGCUGGCCAAGAUUCCAGCAUGGCUAAUAUACUAACAAAUACACUAAACGAGUGCGAGAGAAAACCAAGCCCCCACGAGACGAAGAGGUGCGUGGCAUCGAUCGAGGACAUGAUCGACUUUUCGACUUCCGUCCUAGGGCGGAACGUGGUGGUCCACACAACAGAGAAUACCCGAGGGUCAAAUGGUAAUAUCACAAUAGGGAAAGUCAAAGGGGUCAACGGUGGAAAAGUCACCAAGUCAGUCUCGUGUCAUCAGAGCCUAUUCCCUUACAUGCUCUACUAUUGCCACUCGGUUCCAAAAGUCCGGGUCUACGAAGCGGUUAUUCUGGAUCCGAAAUCCAGGGCCAAAAUUAAUAACGGUGUUGCCAUUUGUCAUUUGGACACCUCAUCUUGGAGCCCGGGUCAUGGAGCAUUUAUUGCAUUGGGUUCAGGACCCGGAAAGAUUGAGGUUUGCCACUGGAUCUUUGAGAACGAUAUGACUUGGACAAUAGCAGAUUAAUGGGCUCGGGUAGGAGCCCCGUUUCGUGGGAUAGUAGUAAAAUAAAAAGAGGGAAAAAUAAUUGGUGGGACACUAGAAAUCUACAAUUAGUUAGAGUUUAGACCCAUCCUCCAUUUCAAUUGAGACUAAUAUUGAAAUCUAUAGUGUAUGUAUGAAUUUGGUAAUAUUGAAAGUUAUAUACAUGAAUUGAUCAA